AUGCCACAGCAGCGACAGGCCUCGUCCAUCGAGGAGGUGCGGCGUCGGGUCGGGCCCAUGGAUCCUGCCCACCGAAUGGACUGGGCGAUCCUCGACUUGGGCCACAAGCCGGUCAGCAAGCGGACGGUCAACCUCUCCGACUUGGAAGUACAUGUCUGGGGCCUGGACUUGAUUGAGGGGAGCAGGUUGCCCAUUGCGAUGAUUAUCCUCUCGCACGGGUGGGCGAACAAGGCGCGCGACAUGGAACCGAUGGCGAGCGGACUUAUUGGCGAAUUCCGCCGCCUCGAGGCUGAGAGUGGGCGCCGCAGGGCGCGCGACGUGAUCGUCGCGACGCUUGACCAGCGCAACCACGGCGAGCGCCGGCGCAUCCGGAGCAAGGAAACGUUUGACAGCAACCCGGCGAGACUCAUCAGCGCCGCGGCCAACAUCAUGGGCGGCGCCAUGGACCACGAGUAUAUCAUGAACCUCCUGCCGGCGUAUCUCUUCCCGCGCGGUGAGCGGGUCGUCGAGGAGUACAUGUGCGCUGGCUUCUCGAUGGGCGGACACGUCACUUGGCGCAUGGUGCGCGAGGACCCAAGAGUCAAGAUUGCCGUACCCAUCUGCUCUUACCCCGGCGAAGCGCUCGGCCCACUGUUGAUCAAACGCGCCGAGGUACUGCCUGACAAGACGUACCUUCCCCCGUCGGUUGAAAAGUUCUUCCUGGAGAGGAGCGCGCCGGGAACGUACGCUGGGAAGAAGAUUCUCGCUCUGCAUGGCGACCUCGAUGCGCUCAUGCCCUGGCACAAGGCCGAGGACGAGUGGCAGCGUGUUGCGGGAGAGUGUGCGCCCGGCGAGAGCGAGCGGUGGGUCGACUAUGACCAUGGCCACGUCGUGAGCCAGGACAUGGUGCGGCGGGCCGCCGAGUGGUUCUGGCGCUGGGGCUUGAGUGCGGCGUAG